UUUUAUCAUAUUCUGUAAUUUUUAUUUGUUUGUGAAACUUUUUCUCUUUUAAUAUCUUGUCUUGUGUUGUUAAGCUUUAGUAGAUGUCUUAGUGGGCUGGCUGCUGCCUGAAAAAAUGCUAUUGUAUUCUGAGCAAGUUGAUGUUAUGAAUUUCAGAAUUUUGAUAUUUAAUAGUUUAUACGGGAGUUUGAAUGGCUUCUAUUUUUUCUAUUAAUGGCUUCACAACAUCGGUUUUUAUCGUCGUAUGAGUCAGUCAUUCAAUUAGUUUGCAGGCACUUUCGGUUGAAGUUAUCGAAAAGUUUUCCUUGUCGAAUUUUGUUAAUAUUUUUCCAAAAAUUCUUUCUGCCUUGUAUUUGAUUCUUUAUUUUUUUAUCAAGAUAUCGUCCAAACAUGGCACUGUAAAUUAAAGCUCCAAAGCGUUAAAUCUAGAGCAGAUUAUUCCAAAAAAUCCAUCUGCCUUAUACUUUAUCCUUUAUUUCUUAUCAAGACAUCGUCCAAACAUGGCACUGUAAAUUAAAGCUCCAAAGCGUUAAGUCUAGAGCAGAUUAUUCCAAAAAAUCUAUCUGCCUUAUACUUUAUCCUUUAUUUCUUAUCAAGACAUCGUCCAAACCUGGCACUGUAAUUAAAGCUCGAAAGCGUUAAAUCUAGGGCAGAUUAUUCCAAAAACUCUAUCUGCCUUGUAUUUUAUCCUUUAUUCUUCAUCAAGACAUCGUCCAAACAUUGCAGUUUAAAUUCAAGCUUGAAAGCUUGAAAGACUAGAGCACAUUGGAGUCCUGAGAACAAUUCAAGCGGAAAUUUAUUCAGCUGUCCAUCUAAAAGACAGAGUUGCCAUUUAAUUUUAAUGGAACAAUUUGAGUAGUUUUUAUAUUCCGAUCCUUGCAUUUAAAAAUAACGUUUAUGCUUUGCUACUUGAUACCUAAAUUUACCUACUUCUUAUUUUCCUUCUAAUUUAUCGCGUUACCUGAAACUUUCCUCUUGAAAUUUCAAAUCAGUACAUUUUAGAAACCUUUAAUUACUGUACCUAAACCAAAUUUAGUGUAUUUAGUCCCGUUCACAAAUUUAGGGCAGUAAGAGCGUCACUUUAUUUUUUAUCUCUUGAUAGCUACGAGCUAUUCGAAGUCUACCGCAAGUACAAUAAAACAGAAACAGAUAAAUAAAAUUUAAAUCAGUUUUCACACUAAAAGUGUCUUUUUUCUUCAGUAUUUUAUUUUGUUAUCAGACAUUAAUUUAAAUGAAUUGCGUCCUGCGCAACCAAAGCCCCAAAGAAUAUCGAGUUUUUACGGCAUCGGGAGAAUUCAAUACAGGAAACGUGUUUGUUUGUGAAUUGACGUAAACAACCAUAAUAAAGCUAUAACGAGGCGCAAUAAAGACAAAAAUCUUCAUUAAUUCCUCUUUGCCAGCCCACCAAAGCUCUUUAAUUCGCCAACCAAUUACCAUGGAAAAGAAGAGAGUCCUUCAUUGAGAAAAAAAAAGUUGAUCACACUUUUCACUUUUCUCUUGAGAAAUAGAAAAACCAGUGGCUAGAAUCACUUUACUUUUUAAGCUUCGACUUUUAUAGCUUCAAAAUUUUCGGUUCAAAACUGUGUAAUUUACUUUUUGCCUAUAUUUAAGUGAAAACAAAUUUUUCAAUAGGAUCCUAUUUCAGCUUUCAUUUCUCGUGGGCAUUUAAACUAUCAUUUCCAUUCCAUUUUCUCGUUGCUAUCCUUGCAAAAUAGGCGGGGCAAAGAUCUAAAAUUUUCAACUUCAGCAAUGAAAUGUUCCCCAGCCAGUUAAACCUAGCUCGGGACUAAUAGGACUCUUCAUCUGAUACAAAUAAACCCCAUUGACAAAAAUUGAUAAAACCGUUAAUACCUCUGAAUUUAGCUUGCUUGAGAACUUAUCGUUACUUAUUGCUGAAGACGAAUCGUUACUUAUUGCUUCUUUCAUAACUUGAUUGUAAAUUAACGCUAAAUUAACAGAAAAUCUCGCAUUUAACGUAAUCUCGAGACAUUUUAUAAAAAUGUUGAGCGGAGACGACAUUUAUGAGACGCGUGUUUUCAUCGACUUCCACAAAAUAGGUCACGUGGACACGAAGCACCAGACGUUCUCGGCAACAGUUGAGAUCAGAGCCAUCUGGGACAUCCCCCUGCUGCCUCCGAGAGAGAGUGUGAACACAUUCAUUUCCAUACACGAACACGAAAAGCAGAUGGGUUUCCAGAUGAACGAAGUGGAGCUGAAGAGGUUCGAGGAGUUCAUUCCUAAGUUGCUGGUGUUGAAUCUAGAGGACACCAAAUCAGAGAAGUCCAUGUACAGAUUUGCAGUGAACCACAGAGAUAACAUGUUACGCAUUGACCUCCGCUGGCAUCUGAAGGGCACCUUCCACGAACAGAUGGAGCUGCAGGACUUCCCCUUUGACGUCCAGGACCUUUGUGUGCGUCUGCAUCUAGACGACAGGAGCAAAGAGCAUUUCUACCUAGAGGCGGAGGACAUCCCGGGACUCCUGAACGAGAAGGCUUUCCAAGACCACCAGGAGUGGGUGUUAUACAAGAUGGUACUGACGGGGGAAAAUAACGUGGACAGUGAAGAGCAGCGGAACUGUGAUGACGUGUUGGUGUUGAGAUGUAAUGUGCAGAGGAAGUUCAAGUACUUCGUCUACAAUUGCUUCCUAGUCAUGUUCUUCUUUGCGGUCAUGUCCCUGUGCAACUUCACCAACAGACCAGAACACGUGCAGUUUCGAGUGAGUGGGACCCUGACUCUGGUAUUGACCAGUGUGGCCUACAAACUGAUGCUGUCCAAUACAUUGCCAACCAUCUCCUAUCUCACACUCGUCGAUUUCUACGUGCUGUUUGCAAUUCUUAUGCUGACAGUUCUGGUGGUGGCAUUCUCCGUGCUUCAUUUAGUCUUCAGGACCAGUGACCUCGAGGGCGAAGAGAGGGAGGAGUUCUUCUGGCAUCUGGAUGUAUGGACUGUGUCCACACUUGCUCUCGUUUAUUUCCUCUGGAAUGUCGGGUUUGGGAUACUCGCUAUCGCCAAGACUCGAAACGCUUCAAAGAAACUCAAGAACGAGGAGCAAAUUUAUACAAGAAAACUCAUCGGAAUGGCCGACCAAAAGUCCGUUCCAGGCUUGAUUUCUGCACGAACUCGAUAUUCGUGCUUACUGGACGUAAAUAAGCAAGCCUCAAUGGAAGUGAUGACACGAGACGACUCUGUUCUCUCGGUGGAAGAAAACCCGAGCCGAAUGGGCGACCACACCCGACCCCCAUUGCGAUUCCAAUACACGACAAACUUUGAGCAUUUUUCAAACGAUGAGUUAGCAGUUUCUCAAAACUGUCGUAUUACACUCACUAAUAAAGUCCAACCCACCGAACAUCGGAAGUUUAGUCAGUCUCGGCCGCCGACCGGAAGAAACGCGAACUCGGCUGACACCGCGUGUUCCGAAUCUCCACCAGACAGCACCGACGACUUGAAACCGAAUCCAAAACUUUUCACGCCGAGUCUGAAAAAUUUAUAAGUGCGGAUUUCUCUAGUGUAGUAUAUGCCCUUCCACCAAUAUAUUUGCAGAAAAUUUAUUUGAGCACAAAUAGUUGACCAAAUUGUAGUUUCUGGAUUUUUGAGCUGCUUCAUGCUUCAAAUUUUGUGAAAUCAAGAGACCUGAUUAUCAUCGCGACCAAAUGAUAGAGAAUGCUUUCUCCUAAAAUUUGACUUCAAAUUGAAGAAAAUCGUUUAUUUUCAAAGAUUAUGUUAUUGGAUGUAGAUAUCAGCCUU